AUGACCACCCUGAACACCACCACCACCACCACCAAGCCGGGUGACACCACCCGUAAAAAUGAAAAUGAAAAUGAAACCCCCUCGAAACCAAAGCACCUGAUCAACCUCCUCCGCGGCUGGCCCUCGCCCCACCUGCUCCCCGCCGCCCAGCUGCAGGCCGCCGCCGCCCGCGUGCUGUCCGACCCGGCCGUCGCCGUGCCCGCGCUGCAGUACGCGCCCGACGAGGGCUACGGCCCGCUGCGCGAGGAGCUGGCGCGGUGGCUGGGCGCGCUGUACAAUCGCGGCUUUGUGCCCGCGCCCAUCCGCCCGGAGGAUAUCGCCAUCACGGGCGGCGCUAGCCAGGCGCUGGCCUGCGUGCUGCAGUCUUUCGCGGACCCGGCAUAUACGCGGGCGGUGUGGAUGGCCGCGCCGUGCUACUUCCUGGCCUGUCCUAUCUUUGAGGAUGCCGGGUUUCGCGGGAGACUGAGGGCCGUGCCCGAGGAUGAUGGCGGGAUCGAUCUGGACGCGUUGGAGAGGGGGUUGAGGGAGGAGGGGGAGAAGCCGUGGGAGGGCCGCGCCUUCAAAUCGCCCGCCCCCUACCGCAAGCUGUACCGACACAUCAUCUACCUCGUCGCGACCUCCGCCAACCCGUCCGGCAAGACGCUCUCGCUCGCCCGCCGCCGGCGGCUCGUACACCUCGCGCGCGAGCACGACGCGCUCGUCAUCUCAGACGACGUCUACGACCUGCUGCAGUGGCCCGUCACUGCCUCGUUGGCAGACCCAGACCCCCCAUCAUCAUCCUCCCCCUUACCCUUACCGCCCUUACUCCCCCUCCUCUCGCAAAUCGACGCCGCCCUGCCCCCCUCCCGCCACAACCCGCCGGGAAGCCGGCGCUUCCCGCACGCCAUCUCCAACGGCUCUUUCAGCAAGCUGGUCGGGCCUGGCGUGCGCACGGGCUGGAUCCACAGCGGAAGCGGCGGCAGCGGUAGCGCCAGCAGCAGCGGCAGCCUCGGCGCGUUCACGCUCGGCUUCUCCCAGACGGGCUCGAACCGCAGCGGCGGCGCGGCGAGCCAGUUCGCUGCCGCGGUCGUGCACCAGAUGAUGGCGGCGGGGGAGCUGGAGGCGCACCUGCGCGACGUGGUGCGGCCGGCGCUGCGGCGGAGGCACGCGCUGGUUGUGAGGGAGCUGGUGGAGGGGGAAGACUGGGUGGAUCUGGGGGUGAAGGUGGGAAGCGGGAAUGGGGUGUUUGGUGGGUAUUUCGUCUGGUUGACGCUGCCGGCGGGCGUGGAUGCCGCGGCGGUGGCGGAGCGGGCGAGGGAGGAGAACCUGAUUGUGGCGCCAGGACGGCUGUUUGAGGUCAGCGGGGACGAGGAGGCGGCGAGGUUUCCGCGGCAUAUUAGGUUGUGCUUCUCGUGGGAGGAGGAGGAGAAUCUUGUCAAGGGGGUCAGGAGGUUAGGGAGGGUAUUGAGGCGGAUGUUGGAGGGAUCAGAGGGUGGGCAGCCGCCGGGGAGCCAACGGGUCGAGGCGUCAGCAGGCGAGUUCAAAUAG